AUGAAGCACACAUCAGCAAUCUUGCUUUUCGCUUCUGCGGCCGCAGCUGCACCACACUAUACCUUUCCCAAGAUCGGCGGCACGGCAGACUGGGCUGCAGUUCGCAAAACGGCCAAUUGGCAAACAAACAGCCCCGUUACGAACGUCAACUCUCAAGACAUCCGGUGCUAUCAGCUAGCCUCUGGGAACGAAGGGGCAGUGACACAGGACUACAAGGCCGGCAGUACGAUCACGUGGUCUGCCGCCCCGAACAUCUACCACCAGGGCGCGCUCUCGGCCUACAUGGCUAAAGCCCCAUCUGGAACAAAAGCCGCUGAUUGGGAUGGAUCCGGUCAAGUAUGGUUCAAGGUCUACCAAGACAUGCCUACCGUAUCUGGACAGCAGUACAGCUGGCCGUCCGAGGGGAAGUCACAGGUUAGCUUUACGAUCCCAAAAUGCCUCGAGGAUGGCGAAUAUCUCUUCCGGGUCGAGCACGUAGCUCUCCAUAGCGCCUCGUCGGCUGGUGGUGCUCAAUUCUAUAUCUCUUGUGCGCAACUACACGUCACAGGCGGAUCUGGAGGCGCGAAGCCGAGUGAUUUGGUUUCGUUUCCUGGAGCAUACAAGGCAACGGACCCAGGAUUGAUGAUUAACAUCUACAAUAACGGUGGUAAAGCAUAUCAACCGGCUGGGCCAAAGGUAUUUACCUGUUAG